ACAGUUGUUGAGUUGUCCCUCCCCGACGUGUUCCCUCGCUAAAUGUCACGCAUCCCCCGUAAUCCUCGCGAAACUGUCAUUCCGUCACUGAAACCCCCCCAAAACCCCUGAAAAUGGAGACCGAGGGCUGCUACUUGUCGUGCACAGCAGUCGCCGAGUGGACGAACCCCCAGGGGACAACGACCCGGAAGGUUAGCUACAGAACAGCCCAGCUCCGUCUCAUCCGCAACAAUCUCCGUCAGAUGCUCAUCGAGAUUCGUGCUGAGAAAGCAAAUACAACGAUAAAACUCGUCCUCAAGGGGAUAAACGUCCUGAAUCGUUACAUGAACGAAGGCAAGUCGACGAUUAAAUUCGCCGAGGAACGAUGCACGCUGUUCCUGUCGAAUGCCCCAGCGGCGCAGCUCAUUACCUUCCUGAAGACGAUAUUCGUGAAGAUGACGGGUCAAACCGAGACUUCAAAGCCGCAGUCGAAGAAUCCUUUGAGGGAGCAGCUCCUGUCCAACGGCAAACUGGGGGGAGUCCAGGACAUCAGUCCAGCUACCAAUGCAGAACUCAACCUAGCGAAGGAGAAGGCUCUGCUGGUCGCUGCCUCCAGGAAGACUGUGACCACACCCUCCCCGAGCACCAUCAGAAAGAGGAAGUUGACGGGUUCCAACACUCCGAAGGUCCCCAUAGCUAAGAAACUCUAUGCCAAUCCGACUGCUGUGCCAUUGACUGAUGAACAGAAGGGAGUGCUGGAGGCUGUCCUCAAGGGGAAGAACAUCUUCUUUACUGGGAGUGCUGGCACAGGUAAAUCGUUCCUCCUAAAAAGAAUAAUUUCCGAGCUUCCACCCGACGUAACAAUAGCAACAGCAAGUACCGGAGUUGCUGCUUGUCACAUCGGUGGAAUAACCCUCCACCAGUUCUCCGGCAUCGGUUUGGGAACUGGAACAGUGGAGAGAUGCUGUCAAAUGGCGUCGAAGCCAGCCUGCGCAACUGUUUGGAGGCGUACGAAGUACCUCAUCAUCGACGAGAUAUCGAUGGUGGACGGCGAGUACUUCGAGAAGAUCGAGGCAGUCGCCAGGCACGUCAGGAAGAAUGAUCGUCCCUUCGGGGGAAUCCAGCUGAUCCUGUGUGGAGACUUCUUCCAACUGCCUCCAGUCAACAAGAUGAUUGACACCAAGAAAUUCUGCUUUCAGAGCAAAGCCUGGGAGAAGUGUGUUCACUUGAACUUCGAACUCCAGACGGUCCAUCGUCAGAAGGACCCGAAAUUCGUUAAGGUCCUUAACAGCUUGAGGAUCGGGAGGGUUACAGACGAGAUCACGAGCAUUUUGAAGUCAACUUCUAGUCAGAAAAUUGAGAGGGACGGAAUUUUAGCUACGAGAUUGUGCUCGCAUGUCAAUGAGGCUAAUGAUAUCAAUGAAUCGCAGCUAGCUAAUUUGAAAGGUACACCCAAGACUUACAUAGCUCAAGAUUCAGAUCCUGGAAUGACUAAAACUCUCGAGCAGCAACUGUCAGUCCCAGGAAAAUUGACGCUAAAAGUUGGCGCUCAGGUGAUGCUCCUCAAGAACAUCAACAUCAGCAAUGGACUUGUGAAUGGUGCCAGAGGGGUUGUAAUAAAGUUCGAGGACGAAACUCCCGUUGUCCAGUUCAGGAGUGGGGAGAUCUACCGUGCGAGGUUCGAGAAAUGGACCAUCAGGACGGCUUCAGGGAGCUUUAUCCACAGGAAGCAGGUGCCCCUGAAGCUCGCCUGGGCCUUCUCGAUUCACAAGAGUCAGGGGUUGACCUUGGACUGCGUGGAGAUGAGUCUCGCUAAAGUCUUCGACGCUGGACAGGCUUAUGUCGCGUUAUCCAGGGCCCAGAGUCUAGACUCUCUGAGGGUUCUGGAUUUCAAUGCGAGACAGGUGUGGGCUAAUACCAGUGUACUCGAGUUUUAUAAGAAUUUCAGGAGACAUCUGCAUGAGGUGGAGUUUAUUCCCCUUGGCAAAAAGUCGAAGGGCAAGUGAAUGGAAUUUAAACAGUUGAUAAUGAAAUAAUUCACUGAUUUUGUUAAUUGUGCAAGAAGAAUAUCAAGAAAUAUUUUUUGAAGAUGAAAUUUAUAACAAAAAAUAUCUCUAGAAAUAUUCAAGAGAUGAUUGCAUAUUUAAUUACAUUUAGAAAAUCGAUUCGUUAUAAUGGAUUUCUGAUGAAUUCAAAUAUUUGAGAAUAGAUAGGGAAUUUAAGCUAAGAAAAUAGUCUGAGUAAUUUUCGUAUGAGUUUCAAUCAUUUUGUAUGCAAAAUAGUGACGUUUCAUUGAAGAUCCGAGAUCUUUUCCACCAAAAACUCAUUUUAUGAUAGUUUUCAAAGGAAAUAAUGUAAUAAAGUAGAAAAAAUGAAUGUGCAGAUAUUAAUUCUUGAUGAAUUGAACUGACAAACAGAAAAAAAAUUAUAGAUUUGAUGCGACUGACAGUGCCUUUUCGACUUAUAAAAAACGGAAAAUAUUGUAGUAUUAGAAAAAUUUUUAAAUUAGUUUCUAAGCAUUUUGACAGGCACUAAUUUUGAUGACAUUUUCAACGACAAUAAAAAAUCAAUAUUAAUAUUACGAAUGGUCAGCAGUAA